AUGUAAAACUUGAAGUUAAAAUACAUUGCAUUUACAAAUAUGAAGGUUUUUCUGAUGUUUCUGUUGAUGCUUUCAAUAUCCUGUAGUGAUGGAGCUAGGAUACUACUCACCCCCUUGGAUGCAGGCUACAAUAGCAGGGUAACGAAUCUCCUCACCCUGGGGCGUAUUCUCCAGGGGGUGGGGCAUAAUAUUAGUGUAUUGUGCUCAGAUCAAAUGCAACACCAGCCAUUGUUGAAAACUGUAGAGGGAGAUCGAUUCACUGAGGAAUUCAAUGUUAUUACAUAUCAAACAAAACCUGAAACCCGAAGCACUGCAAAUAAGGAAUGGCUGUUGUCUUACAUUGGAUUAACAAUGACAGAAUGUAUGGCAACAUUCUCACCAUUAUUUCCAGAAAUUAUGGAACUUGCCUUGCAAGAUGAGGAACUUUGGUCAAUAUUGGAAACGUCUGAUUUUGAAUUGAUUGUUACGGAUGACCAUACAUUAAUUGCUCGAAUACUUGGAGACCAUUUCAACAUACCAGUUAUUUCCUAUAUCAACUGGGGCCCAAUGACCCCAUUAUCAAACAAUAUAUUCCCACUUAACCCUGCAUAUGUGCCCGCAUCAACAUACUAUAGUGACACAAUGACAUUUGCACAGCGCCUUAUGAAUGUCAAAGAGUAUCUUCAUCUAAGAUGGGUGGCAUAUAACAUGAUGUCAAUUGGUAAAAAUAUAUGUCUCAAAUACAAGCAUGUAAAUUCAAAAUCUUGUGAAAAUAUUGAGAACUUCUCGGAAACAGUUUCCCUAGUGUUUGUUAACAGAAAUAAUAUGUUGCAUUACCCACAACCAUUCAUGCCACAUGUUGUGUCAAUUGAUGGAUUUACAUUGAAGCAACCAUCAAAAUUAGACACUUUCUACAAUGAUAUAUUUAAAAAGGCUGGCCACAAUGGAGUUAUAAUUGCAAGUUUUGGUUCUUUAUUUCGUAACCUUCCAAUGCAAAUGGCAGAAAUGUUUGCGGAGGCAUUUUCCGCCAUGCCACAACAAGUCAUUUGGAGUUAUGAAGGUCUAGCUCCAAAAUCAUUAGGAGUGAAUACGAUUGUAAGGCCAUGGAUUCCACAAAAUGACCUCUUAGGACACCCAGAUGUAAAGUUAUUCAUCCAUCACUGUGGAUUACUAAGUACAUACCAAGCUGUACAGCAUGCAGUGCUGACUAUAAAUAUCCCAUUUUUUCUCGAUCAAGGAUACAACUCAGAAAAAAUCACAAAUCGUAUCCAAUCGGGAAGAAGUGUUGAUAUUCUUGGAUUAACAAGCGAGACACUCAUACAAGAGAUGCAAGAGGUUAUAAGGAAUUCCACAUACAAAGAGAAAGCCAAGGCAGCUGCGGAAAUAUUCAAUGAUCGUCCUAUAGAGGCAGAGGCCACUGUCAAAUACUGGGUGAAUUACAUCUUACGUCACAAGGGUGCCCCACAUCUGAGAUCUCAGGGACUUCAUCAACUGAACUGGUUCCAGUAUUUACUUUUGGACAUCAUUGGAUUUAUUGUAUUAAUGGUAGUGUUAGGAGUACUUGGUGUGGCAUUAAUGAUUAAAUGCAUUCAUCGUACACUAUUUAUUAAUAAUAUUUUUCAUGUGAAACAAAAGCAGAGCUGAUUAAAAGCCUUCAUCUCAAACAUCAUGGGACCUGAAAUACAUUCUAAUGCAAACAUAAUGCAUAUACAAAACAAAUGUCUUCAAAUUCACCAAGUGCAAUCACAAUCUAUUCAACUAACAUAUCUGAAACAUUUAAAUCAAUCCACACCAUAGUGAUGUAUUUGGACUGUAUUGUAGACUUUGAUGUAAAUCCUUACCUGACUAUGAAUAGUCACACUACCAAGUACAUGUAAGCUCAAAGAAUCAUACUGUAUU